AUGUCAGAUAUGGAAGAAUCUAGCGAGGCCAGAAAUGAGGCAAUAGAUAGAGUUGAUGAUGAAGAGUUUGAUGAUGCGGAUACAGAGUUGGUGGGUCGGUUUGAUGAACCCACAAAAAACGAAGAGAAUCUUGCCAAUAAUGAACCCAAGACUAGCACAUCUUUGCAUGACCUCCCGAACAUAGCCAGGAAGGAUAAAAGCUUACAAGAGAUGCUAGAAUUGAUGGAUAAAGACUUUCUGCCUAUUAUUCCUGAUGCUGUCACGGAUUACUAUCUUGCUCGGAAUGGUUUCGAAACGGCUGAUGUCAGAGUCAAAAGGCUACUAGCCCUUGCCACACAAAAGUUCAUCUCUGACAUUGCUCAGGACGCUUAUGAGUACUCAAGAAUAAGAAGCUCGUCAGCUGUUUACAACUCUUCUAAUCCUCAAGUGAGGGCUAAACAGCUUUUACAAGGGCAACAAUUUGCUAAUCAACUGAGUACUGGAACUGGCACAGGCGUCGACAAUGCAACUGAGCAGCUGCAGCCACAGCUGCAUUUUAAUGCUGGCCAUCAACAAGGCAAGAUUGUUCUUACCAUGGAAGAUUUGAGCAAUGCUUUAAGCGAAUACGGCGUGAAUGCUGCCAAACCAGACUUCUAUCGAUAA